AUGUUUCGCAACUACACCCCGAAGGACGUCCAGACCAACAAGGCGAAGUCCAGUGUGGAGCGCAAGAUAAGGGAGGACAUAUUGGAGUCCUACCCGCGGUUGCAGCCGGUGAUGGACCUGAUUUGGCCGAAGAAGAACGCGAACAUUCUUCUCGGGAAGACGAAAAACAAGAUUCAACUGGUUAUUUUGGACGAGGAGGUGAUUUUUUUUCAGCCGGACAGCAACAACCCAGGCAAGGUGUGGUUCCCGACCCUGAGACUACUGCACCAGUACCCAAGCAUGAUGCCAAAGAUGCAAGUGGACACCGGAGCGAUCAAAUUCGUUUUGAAGGUACAGCUCGUUGUGUAUUUUCCACGAUGCUCAUACGUGGUAACUUAUUCCGUAUUCCGUAUUGGAUUCUUGUUUUCACCACAGACUUAGGCGGGAAAAGCGCACUUGUUCUGAUUUCCGCUCUCGCUCUUUUUGUAUUUGUAGCAGUCAACAAUUAUUUCGGAAAAAUACUAGAACUACAGUUUGAAUUUUCCAUCCCUACAGGGCGCCGACGUGAUGUGUCCGGGUCUGACUCACCCAACGGGCGGAGCGAUGGAAGACGUACCAAAGGACGUACCAGUCCAAAUUGUUGCCGAGAACAAGGAAACCGCGUGCGCCGUCGGCCUGACCGCAAUGAGCACGGAAGAAAUCAGGAAACUGAACAAGGGGAAUGGUGUCCUGUCCAUGCACUCAUUGGGAGACUGCUUGUGGAAAGAGGGCAAGGUGGUGUAGAUAUGUCGUCUUAAUCAUGAACGGAUCUCGGAUCGAAAAAAGCAUGUCCAGAACAUGAUAGCUCAUUGGCAUUACCCAUCACAACCCAACACGACCUCUUUUGACAUAUAGAAUUUUAUCAAAAUCAUC